AUGAAAGGUUUUCCCAAGCCUUAUAGCCGACAAACUAUUUUACAUGACGAUAAGCCUGCAGAAUAUAAACGCCCAAGUCCUAAAGAUGGCGGAGAGAUAUUAAAGAUUACGCGCGACUCCAUCGAAAUUGAGUACGAUAAUCGACAUGUAGUACCUUAUAAUCCUUUAAUUAUGGUCAUGUUCCAAUCCCACCAUAAUUUAGAAUUUUGUUACGGUCAAUCAGAUAAUUUAAAAUAUGCUUUAAAAUACCCUUUCAAAGGUCCAAGCUUUUCUUAUAUUAAAUGCGCUGAUAGUAACAAAAUUUCAAUUGACGAACCUGCACAAUAUGCAAAAAUGCUUUAUAGAAGUCCAUCAGAAGCUUAUUGUAGAAUCCAAGGCAAUAGAUAUGCGUAUCUUUCUCAUACUGUAAUUCCACUCUCUAUUCAUUUGCCGGGUUUGCAAAAAAUUGUUUUUCCUCCUGAAUCCAAAAAAAUUAAAUUAAAACCUGUGACAAAAGGUGUGCUCCCUGAAACACCCCUAACUUCAUACUGGAAGUUAUGGAGAACAGACCAGUCAGUUCAACAUAUUCUUUUUGAAAAUAUGCCUGAAACAUACUCAAUCGAUCCCAAAUUUAAGACCUGGAAAAAAAGGAAUCUUUCCACUAAUGAACGAAGAAUACAAGAUCGUAAACCAGUUUUCGGUAGAAUUUAUCCAGUUUCACCUAGAGAAAAUGAAAAAUUCGCUCUUUAUGUCCUUAUGAGACAUUUCCCUGGUGAUCCAGAUCAUCUUAAAAAUGUUAAUGGAACUAUUUGUGAUACAUUUGCAGAUGCAGCUCGUCUGCGUGGUCUUUUUGAAGAUAAUGCUAUAUGGCAACGAACUCUAAGUGAUGCUUCUACCUCCCUUAUGCCUUCACAAAUGCGUCAGCUAUUUGUUAAUAUUCUUCUCCACGGCUCUACACAAGACUGUAUAAUUGAUUCUAAACAGUUAUGGGAAAUGUUUAAAGACAAUAUGUAUGAUAAAAGAUGCACAGACGCACAAAAACCAGGUCGUAUUGACAGAGCAUUAGCUAUUAUUGAAAGAUAUCUUUUUGCAAAUGGCAAGCAAAUGAAAGAUUAUCAUCUUCCCCUACCUACAAAUUCUUUAUCUGAUGACCCCAAUAAGGCUGUUGACGAAUUUUUCUUUCCCCAAGAUGUAUAUGAUGAUGAUGUAGAUGAGACAGUUGAUAAUUCGUUCUUUGAAAGUGCAAAGUUAAAUACAGAACAAAAUAAUUUCUAUAAAUUAGUCCUCGAUGCAGUCAUGAAUCCAAACUCUAAACAGCGUUUGUUCUUUCUCUCCGGUGACGGAGGAACCGGAAAAACGUUUUUAUUGAAUUUUAUUUUAUUUAAUUUACGUCGCUUAGGAAAUAAAAUCCUUGCAACAGCUUCAACAGGUAUUGCAGCUACUAAAUUUUAUGCAGGCGGAAUGACCCUACAUUCUGCAUUUAGAUUUGGCAUUACUCAUGAGAUAGGCAAAAUUCCAAGUAUUCCUUUUGGAAGCUAUUUUGGUCGCCGAAUAAUUGAAAAAUGUCGAUAAACUCUGUCGCACUAUG